UGUUGCCCCACCCGGCCAGAUACGAGCUGCUUAUUGCCGGAUGUAGUGAGUCUUCUGCACUGAAACGGAGAGUCAAUGAGUCGGGACUGGGGCUCGUGGACGGUCAUUUGACAAUAGACCAUGUUUACUUGGAUGCAGCAGUGCUGGAACAGAUUCUAUCCACCAAACAAGACCAUCUAAGAUAUAGCUUUUUAAGUCCAAGAGAUGGGUCGCUGUUCCUACGAGUCGCCACUGUUUGUUCUGAUAUGGAUGCAGAUUAAUAAAUGUCCGCGAUCUCAUGAGUGACAUCUGUGUAUCCGUGCCCAUGGAAAUCGCCAUAUGGGUCGUGAAAGUCAUGGCAACCAUGUGAUGACCUUUGAUCGUUUCUGCUACUACAUAAUGGACUCAAGCCUCGAGAUUUCUCCAGAGUUCACCCUGAGAUGAGAGCCUGGGUAGAUACACAAAUCGGGAGUUACAGGUUGACUUCGUCAGGAUCAGGCUCGGUAUAAAGGAGGCUAAACAUGGAAAACUCAAAAAUAGUGAUCGCGUCAGCACUGCUGGUGCUGGUAUCAGUGGUACAAUCGGCUGUGGCUGAGCAGUGUGGUUCACAGGCCAAUUUUGCCCUUUGUCCGAAUGGCCUAUGCUGCAGCCAGUAUGGCUGGUGUGGAAACACCGAUCCCUAUUGUGGUGCAGGCUGUCAAAGCCAAUGUGGUGGUUCUACUCCCUCUGGUGGUGGGGGAAUCGCCUCUGUUAUAAGCGAGGAUAUGUACAACCGGCUAUUUCCGAACCGAAAUGCCAUCUACACUUAUCAAAAUUUCGUACAAGCAGGCAAAUCUUAUCCUACAAUAGGCACUGAAGGUAGUAAACAGCAACGGCUCAGAGAGAUUGCUGCAUUCGCAGCCCACGUACAACAGGAAACUGCAGGUUUGUACUACGUCAGGGAAAUAGACCAAUCCAAUUCCUACUGUGAUAGUGGGAAUCAACAGUAUCCAUGCGCUUGGGGUCAGAAGUACUUUGGCCGAGGUCCACUUCAGCUCAGCUGGAACUACAACUACGGCGCUGCGAGAGACACUGGCAUCGGAGCUGAUAUCUUAGCAUACCCAGACAUUGUGGCUCAAAAUGGAGUUAUCUCCUUCCGGUCAUCCUUCUGGUUCUGGACAAGAAGUGAUUGGAAUAUCCCUUCAAUUCACGACGUGAUGGUGGGGAAGUGGAACCCUAGUCAAGCUGAUAUCAACGCCAACAGAAGAGCCGGAUUUGGAGAAACAAUCAACAUCAUCAAUGGUGGACUCGAAUGUGGAAGAUGGAAUGACAAUGCCAACAAACGUGUUAAUUAUUACAAGAACUUCUGUAACAUUCUGGGUGUAGAUCCUGGCGCAAAUCUGGACUGUGCUAACUCUGCUCCAUACUGACAUCCAUGAAACCGAUGAAAGGAGGAGACUUUCUCUCAGAAAGCAUGACAUACAGCUCCGAUGCUCUACAGGUUUCUCAAAUAUCUGCAGUAGAUAGAGAACGUAGAAUGUAGUUUCGAGAGUGUUGCAGAAUAAGAGCACUUCUUGUAAAUUCCAUCAGACAGAAUGCUGAUGCAGAUCACCAUCUGAAUAAAUUAUGGGCUCCAAAGUUUGA